AUGGCAAGACUUCCCUCACAGGCAGGAAGUGACAGGAAGACCCAAAAUGAUGAAUUUUAGUGUGAAGAGGGUGCAUCAUGUUUGGGUGGAGCACUUUAUUAACGGUGUGCCGUCACAUCUUGUAGUCGGGUGUGUGAGCCACCAUGGCAAAGAACUGCAAUGCUUUAGGGAUUCCUGCUGGCCACAUGAGCCAGGCAGUGUCAGACGGAGAGUUGAACAUGUCUGCACGGGGCUGUGGAGGCAGCAGCUGCAGCCUUCCAGGGACUCCGGGCAGCGACGCCAGCCCAACCAACAGUGUGCUGAGCUGGGCCGUCUCCUUUGAGAGGCUCCUGGAGGACCCCUUUGGAGUCCGCCAGUUUACGUCCUUCUUGAUGUCUGAGGUGAGUGCGGAGAACAUUUUAUUCUGGCAAGCUUGUGAAAGAUUCAGGAAGAUCCCGGCCUGCUCCUUGGACGAGAUGAAAGCAGCCGCUCUCUCCAUCUACAACACCUACUUGUCUGACAGCGCUCCCUACUCAGUCAACAUUGAUGACACAGCCAAGACCGAGGAGAAGGACCUGGGACAGCCCACACCCGACAUGUUCAACAAGGCCCAAACACAGAUAUUUAAACUGAUGAAGAUGGACAGCUACAGGCGCUUUGUGCGCUCCCCUCUCUACCACAGCUGCACCUUGGGAAUCGUAGGAGGUAAACUUGUGCCUCAGCUCUCUACAGAGCCGGGCCACGUUGGAUCCUGGGAGGACGUGGCCAUCAGGAGCCCCUUAAGUGACAAGAAGAAUAAGAAGUCAGACUCCAACAGCUUGCCAGGUGAGGAGACUGCCUCGGAAAAACAGGGACAGAAAAGAGGAUCCUGGGGAGAUGCAUCCGACAACCAUAGCUCAGUCUCCCAGAAAGAGUCCCACCUGUCUGUCAAAUCAAGCAGCAGCAGUGUGGGGCCCGGCUCCCUCUACAGACAGAUAGAGAAUGGGAGAUCGGGCGGUGGAGGUCGGAUAGGGAUGGAGGGGGGCUACUGCUGUGUCUACCUGCCCGAUGGCAGUGCCUCGCUGGCCCCCACGCGUAAUGGCCAACCCAUCAAAGACAUGCUGGCUAGCCUGUGUGAAAAGAGAGGCUUCCCGCUGAAGGAUGUCAUCAUCUACCUGCAUGGCAAGGACAAGCAACCCUUAUCGCUGGACCAGGACUGCUCGGUACUGAAGGACCAGCAGGUCUCUCUGGAGCUCAGGGUGAUGUUUGCGCUGGAGAUUGUCUCCACUGGUAAGACGGUGGGGAUCAUGGUGAAGUCCAGUAAGACGCUGCAGGAAGCGCUCACUGCGGUGCUGCAGAAACAUCACCUCAAGCCACAAGAGGCCCUGGUCACCAUGGUUGGAAGUGACGAGCCUGUGAACAUGAGCGGCACUGUGUUCAGACUGGCCAAUAAGACUCUCCGGCUGGACACAACAAAAGGAAGAGACCAGACCAACAUUUCCAGGGGCAGUGGUUCUGCUGCAGCCACACCCACACAGGCAGGAGCAGUGAGUGCAGUUGGGGGGGAGGCCCGAGCCAAGACUCAGCCCAAGCCCAGUAAAAAACAGGAAAUGGAGGGGUUACUGGACUUGCUGACGAGGGCUCAGUGCUGCAGGGUUGAUGACCAGCGAGGCCUUUUGACCAAAGAGCAGCUGGAGGUCCCUCUGUUCCUGAAGCUGGCCUCAGACCAGGCACAGGACACAAAGCCAGACAAACCCAGUACAACCAGCUCCCCCACUGCAGGCUCCAGGGAGACAUCGAGUCCAGCUGGCGCAGCGGAGGAAACCCCUGACUCUGCUGAAUCUAAAGCCAAAGACGUCAGGGAAACGGCAGUUUGAAAGACUUUUCUGUGCGUGUUGGAUGGACAAAGACACAAUUAGAAACUACAAGAAACAUCUCGCAAUGUCAUGAGACCAAUCACGUCAAAAGACAGUGAGAAUGAGUCAAGCACUUUUUAUAAUUGUUUACAAAGAAGCUCUGAGACCUGUGUGCUAUCAUCUCUGCUAUUGAUAAUGUGCCUGUUAAGGCAAUAUGUAAAGAAGAAAGAUCAUUGCAAGCAUCUAUGGUGUCAUUUUAAAACACUACGUAUGUUAAUGAAAAUUUGCUAUGAAUUGUUUAAUGUAUCCAAAAGAAUUUUGAAAAGAAGUUUUUAGCUCACCAUUUAAGUCCUGAAGCCCGAUGAGUGUGCUUUAGUGUUCCCAGAUGUUUUUACUGUACAGUUUGACGUUCACAUUGCGUAACAUUGCUUUACUUUGUUACAAUCUCACUUUGCAGUCAUGCUUUUCUUUGAACUCUAAACAAAGACAUGUUUCUGCAGAGGACAGGCCAGAAGGGGCUUUUGAAGUGUAUUGCACAAUUGUUUUUUUCUUCAUUAGAAUUAAGAUGAUUUAUCUCUUACUUAGAUGAGUUUUUAAUAUUUUAAAUGACUAAUUUUCAUUUUGUGUGCUUACUUGCUGUUUUCAAAUGUGUGCAUGUGGUACUUAAUGCCUUUUUUGUUUGCUGUGAUGGCACUUUGAAAAGCCCUGGUCAAGUCCUGGUUUUCUGUCACCUUAAGGUCCAGAUUAUGAUUUAGUAAUGUGAAAUGAAUCAACGAUGUGAUCAUCAAAAACUAUCCCACAGGGUGUCUCCAAAGAAUUAAAGCAUUUUAUGAUGAA